AUGGUUCACUACGUGGAUGUGCACCUCCCAUGGUCGUGGUCGCACCUCGGCACAGGGAAUGCGACCUCUGAGCAUGCGGAGCAUGCGCCUCAAGGGCCGCGCCCCCUCUGCGCCUGCUGCCUUCCCCGCAUGCUCCACCCCGCCCCGCCCGUCGCCUUCCGCAUCUCAGGCCUCGCAUCGCUGCGCAAGCACCUGCAGCACCCUUUGGCGACCACAAUUCCACCCUUCCGCUUCGACAACAAGCCCUCGGCUGCCAUCCUCGCCUACUCUGCCACCGUCCCACUCUCCGCCCCUCCUCUCCACCCUCUAGGCCGUGCUUCUCCUGCCAGUUCUGCUGGUGCUGGUGCUGCGAAUGCUGGUGCUGCUGCUUCUGCAGGUGCGGGAGCGGACGAGGGUGCACCAGCCCCUUCCUUGGCGCAGCAGUAUCGGUGGAAGGCGGAGUCAGCGCCGGUGGUGGCAGCAGAGGCUAUGAUGCUCGAGUGGCUCGCAGAGCCACGUGUCAGCCUGCUACUGGACCUCCAGGAGGUGCGGCGCCAGCUGGCAGAUCUCAUGGACAUCAACGACAUCGCUGCUGCGCGGGAGGAAGCUUUUGCGGAGGGGGGGGGAGCUUCUGCUGCUGCAGAGCCUCUGCUGCAGCGCGCAGCAGGGGGAGCCUCUGCUGCUGAGGGGAUUAGCGAUGCCGCGCCGUACCCUCACUCGCUGUGGUGGUGCUGCUGGCAGUGCAGCAAGUGCUGGACCCGCUACCGCCUUAGCGUGUCCAUUGCUGCAUUCCUCGUGCUUGUUGCCAAGUUCCCCCGCUUCGUCACUCUCUGGCGCGCACACAUCCGGUCUGCUACUGUGGCCUUUCCCUGGCUGCCGCACCAGUUUGGGGCGGGGAGGCAGGAGGAGGGCGACUGCUUGGCGUCAGUGCUGGUGCAGGUGCUGGGAGUGAAGGGCAAGGAGCAACUGCAGUCUGGUUUCGCUGCCCACAUGCUUCCGCUGCUGCCGGGGGGGAGGGAUGCGCAUGGACAGGCGGGAGGGGGAGGGGAGGUUCGGGGGAGUGGGCGGGGUGGUAGGGACGAGUGGAGGAAGGGGUUGGGGGGGGUGGAGUGGGAGGAGUAUGUGCAGCGCGUGGGGGUGAUUGCGACCCAGGGAGGGCUGCCGGGGGAGGGGUAUCGCUGCCCCCUCUUCGCCCGCUCUGCUGCUCUCAUCUUCACGGACUGUGCUGCCAGCAGACACAAGGAGCGGGUAGAAGACGCUGCAGUGGAAGAGGCAAGGAACCGGCUGGCGACGGGGGAGAGGGGCGGGGAGGAGAGCGGAGUGCAGGAGGAUCGAGGGAAGAGAGGACGAGAUUCAGGAGUCCCAACGGCGUCUCCUGGGUCUACAGGUGCGAGAACCAAGGGGUACAACACUGCAAGCGGCACCGGCGCCAGGCUAGUGCUGGUGAACAGUAACGCGGUGGUUGGGCUGUUCACCUACCGAGUCACCUGCCUGCUGCGGUGGGUGCGACUCUACGGGUUCAGGGUCAACCCUGACGAAUUCUGCGAAUGUUUCUAUCGGAAAAAGCCAGGCGUCGCCCUCCCGCAUCCAAUCCACGAUCUUCCGAACCUGCUGCAAAGGUUCGGCGCCGUGCCCAGGUCUCCGGCCGCCACAGGCUUGGAAGGUGCGGCAACGACGGGUUGGGAGGAGUUUCCAGAGGGGGGCAGAGAGGCAGUGGCGGCGCAUGAGAAUAACCCGGGGACGUUCAUGGGAAUGAAGACCUUGCUCGUGGGGGCUUUUGAGGAUGACGAGAAGGACAGGGAGGAGAUGAAGAAGGAAUACAAUGUGAGGGAACUGACCCUGGCCCACCCAGUUGCCACGUCCCCCUCGCACCCAGUUGCCACGUCCCCCUUGCACCCAGUUGCCACGUCCCCCUUGCACCCAGUUGCCACGUCCCCCUCGCACCCAGUUGCCACGUCCCCCUCGCACCCAGUUGCCGCGACCCCCUCGCACCCAGUUGCCGCGACCCCCUCGCACCCAGUUGCCGCGACCCCCUCGCACCCAGUUGCCGCGACCCCCUCGCACCCAGUUGCCGCGACCCCCUCGCACCCAGUUGCCGCGACCCCCUCGCACCCAGUUGCCGCGACCCCCUCGCACCCAGUUGCCGCGACCCCCUCGCACCCAGUUGCCGCGACCCCCUUGCACCCAGUUGCCGCGACCCCCUCGCACCACAACCCUGGUGCCGGAAGCACUCCGCAGGGGCCUUCUUCUAGCGCUCCGUUCUUUGCCACGCUGGGCCACCGCUUGGAGGAGUUUCUGAGAAGGUUCGCCCCUGCAAGGCUGGCAAGGGAGGGCAGGAGCGGCCCUCUGGCCCGCGCUAUCACCUCCUGGAUUGGCCGCCUGGACCUGGACGGCCGCACCUGGUCUGCUCUUGCUCUGGGGCCGUUCGCUCCCGGCAGGGUAAAGCCCAUCCUACGGUCCAGAUUUCAAGCAGAUCUCGUCAUAGAGUUACUCGCGACCAAGGUUCUGCCCGUGCCUGCCUGCACCUGCUGCCAGCGGUGCAUUGGGACUUACUACCUGGCGGUGAAGCUCACGGCCCUCGUCGCCUCCUUCGCCUACCGCCCCACGUCCAUGCUGCUGCACUGCAUCCUCUGGCUCUUCCCGCCGCGCUCCGCGCGCUUCAGAAGCUUCCUGGACACUCUGGGUGUGCCGCCCGUGCCUGCGGUGGACUGGGCUGGGCAGGCGAAGGACUUGGGGUGGCAGCAAACGGGGGUGGAGGGCGAGGAGUGGAGGAUAUGGGAGGAGGUGGAUAGCUGGCGGACGGCGGCUGCGAACGCUUGGCCUGCUGUGGAGGCACAGGGUACGGCGGCGGCGCUGCUGAGUGGGGCUGGUAGGCGGGCGGGUGUGAGGGCGGGUGGUGUGGACGGGGAGGAGUUGGAGGAGUGCUGUGUGGGUAUGAGGAACGCGAUGAAAGGAAAUUUGGCUGUUGCGGCUGAAAGGACGCAAGCUGCAGUUUCUAUGGUUAGUGCUGCUGGUGAAGCGGGGGGCAGCAGUGCAAAUGGGGGACGGGGAAAUUGGGGAGGGAGUGGGGAUUGGCGGAUGGGUAAGGCAUUGGCAUCGUACCUGGAGCCGUGGCCGGGGGGGGUGAAUCCUCUGGCGUGUUUGAGAGAGAUGCUGCUGGGGGAGACCAACUACUGCCCCCAGGCUCAGGUGGACGCCGUUGCUGCCGCUGGUGCUGCCGCUGCUGCUGCUGCUGUUGUUUCUGCUGCUGCUGCCCCUAGUGAGAGGGGCGGAACUGAGUCGCACAGAGGCAAGGGAGGGCCGCGAGGCUGUGCAUGGGUGCGGUGCGACAGGGUGGAGGGGGAGGGGGUGCAGCUGAAGGCGUGUGCGCGGUGUGGCAAGGCUGCCUACUGCAACAGGGAGUGCCAGAAGGCCCACUGGCCCUCGCACAAGCUCACGUGCCAGCCCAAGGGGAAGGAGAAGGCGGAGGAUAAAUAA